AUGCGCCGUAAUAAGUAUGAGAAUGUAUUGUCCAAACACCCUCGCAAGGGUAGCACGCCUUGCCACGUCGACGUGAUUCUGUCGCCUCUCGAGGCUGUGCCCUCCAGAUGCUUCUUCCGCGCGGGGCCGAGCAAGUUGACGAGCCUAUUUCUAUUAUGCAGCCUAUUUCUAUUCUGCAAAAAAAAAAAAAAUACCGUUGAAGCAGAGAGCGAUGUCAUGUAUCAUCUCCCGCCUUGUGUUACUAGCAGCCCAUCACAAGGCAGCCUCACUCACCUAGGCCUCUACGACGAGGCAAAGACUGCCGCCUUUCUGUAG